AUGGAACCAAUUUCUAUUUCAACUAAAAAAGUAUGGUAUGUCACUGGUACCUCAACAGGUAUUGGUCUUUCAAUUGUUAAGAAAUUAUUAAUUACUGGCCACAAAGUUGUUGCUGUCACCAGAACCCCAGAAAAACUCGAUAAAGAAAUCCCAGCUGAACAAAAAAAUGACAUUUUAAUCGUCAAAACCGAUAUCUGUAGCGAAGUUAGUGUAAGAGAAAGUAUUGAAAAGGGUAUUGCUCAUUUCGGUAAAAUUGAUGCAGUUGUCAAUAAUGCCGGUGUUGGUAUUGUUGGUUCAGUUGAAGAGCUCUCAGAAGAAGAAAUGAGAAAAGCAUUCGAUGUUAAUUUCUUUGCAGUUUUCCAUGUUUGCAAAAAUAUUAUCCCACAUUUCAAACAACAAAAAUCAGGUAUUAUUUUCAACGUAUCAUCAGUUUUAGGUUGGUUAACAGUAUCUGAAUACUCUGCUUACAACGCCACUAAAUAUGCCCUCAAUGGCUUAACUUUCACCUUAGAACAAGAGUUAGCUCCUUUAGGUAUCAGAGUUGUUUUAUUAUCACCAUCAGGUUUCAAAACUUCAUUCGUUGAUGACAAUAUGCAACAUGCCAAAGUUAAACUUUCAGACUACAAAUCUGAUGAACGUUCAAAAUGGUUAGAUGAUAUUGUUAACAAUGCUCGUGGUGAUCCAUAUAGAUUCGCCGAUGUUGUUAUUCAAGUUGCUGAAAUGGAAAAACCACCAAAGAAUGUUUUCUUAGGUACCCACGCUCUUCAAUUCUUAAAGAACGAAUGGAAAGUUCAACAAGAAGAAAUGAACAAAAAUGUUCCAAUUACCAUUACUACUGAUUUCCCAGAUGCUCCAAAAAUUGAUUGGUAA